GCUGGCUCUCCGGCAGGCCGAGUUGUGCGGCUGAGACCCAUUAGCAGAAACUGCCUGGACCGCCAUGGCCGCAGGGAGUGCCCCUGGGUGUGCCCUGGGGGCCCUUGGAGUGGUCUGCCUGUUCCUCAAAUUGGAUUUCAUCAGCUGUUUUUCCCAAGAUAUUUAUGGAGCUAUGAAUGGGAAUGUAACCUUUUACGUUUCAGAGUCUCAACCGUUUACAGAGAUUAUGUGGAAGAAGGGGAAGGAUAAAGUUGUAGAAUGGGAUCAAAUAUCUGGACUCGAAGCUUUUCAGUCUUUUAAAAAUAGAGUUCAUUUAGACAUUGUGUCAGGUAACCUCACCAUCACCGGGUUAACAAAAUUAGAUGAAGAUGUGUAUGAAAUUGAAUCCCCAAGUGUUAAAAAGAGCUCCCAGUUCCACCUCAGAGUGAUUGGGCCUCCUCCGACACCGUCAGCAUCUUGCUUCUUGACUGAGGGUGGAAACAUUACUCUGACCUGCUCGAUCCAGGAAGGUGACCCCAAAGAGUUCGAUGAUAGUGACCUAAUACAGUAUUUGUGGGAAUGUCCGCCAACAAUACAGUGUCACCGUGGCUCGAUUUCAUCUGAAGCGUUUGUCUCAGCGGAAAGUGAUCUUUCACAGAACGUUCAGUGUAUCGUUAGCAAUCCAUUGUUCAGAACAUCAGCUUCCGUCUCUUUGUCAACCUGUUUGCCAGAGGAUUAUGCAAGGCAUAGGUAUGUGCUUUUUGCCAUACUGCCAGCAGUAAUAUGUGGCUUGCUGUUUUUAAAAUGUUUUCUGGGACGUCGUAGCCAACGAAACUCAGGGACCUAGUGCCUGUUGUUUGGUAACAGAAGAUGAAAUGGAACACAUGGUAAUUAAGUUAUUUCAGUCGCUUCGGGAAGGCAUCUGAUUUACCAUUCAUGUAUUACCUUCUCCUUGAGGAAACUCUGAAAGUCUGCCUGAAAUGGACCAUUUAUGAGAAAUAAUGUUUCCUAGAAGAAACAAGGACUAACACACAACAGGCAUUAGCUUCUACUCUGUCACCCACACUGAACAUAACUAGAUACUAUCUUGUUCCUUAAUUGUUUAUUAUAAAUUGUAUUUUUCUAGAGAUGUAAAUCUUUGUAAAUAAUGUAAGUAUGUGUAUAUAUAUGGUGAAGCAACUCCCAGAAUUUCCUUUAUCUUCCAGACUUUGGUCCCCAUAUGGUCUCCUUGGCCUUUUCUGACCCCAUCUAUCACCAGUAAAACCCCUUGUAUCCUCUUUAAUGAAUGUCCACGUCCCCUUUCUGUUCUCAUGAGCCCUGGCAGCCAUCCUGAGGGCCAGCGCUCCUCUCCUGUGCGCUUUGUACAGUGGGCUCAGGGGAGGAGCGGCAUCCUCCUGGCUCAGCUCUGCUUCCAGACCGUUGCUCCUUCUCCAGCUCUGAUGCUCACGCCAGCAGACCCACACCACCCAAUAGCCCUUUUCCGAGUUAUCUUUGUUAUUCCUCAUGCCAUGAAGAUUUUAACACCAGGUGGAAACCACUCUCAACACUGCCCCUUUCAGAACUGGAGUGUUUUCAAAACCUGCAGCUUCCAAUACCCUGGCAUGGUCUCCCCCAGGGAUCUCAGCUUCCUUUCCCAGCACCGCCUGGGCCCCGCUCCUGGCCUUUUCAGCAAUAUCACAGCCCCUCAGUAUCUUAGCGCCCCCCCUCCCUUAGCAGCCCCUCACUAGCGAUAGCAUGCCCUCUUUGCUUGCUGUCUUCCACACCACACCCCCAAGGGGCCCUAAUCCAAAACUCCAGCGGUCCCGCCAGGACCUGCAAGCUGGCCACCCUGCCUCUACCCUGGCCCUCAUCCCCUCUGAGCCCUCCUUCUCCUCACUCUUUGGGGUCUGCAGUGUUCAACAGGGAAACUCCACCCUCACUCUUUACCCCUAUACUUGGCCAGCCCCCAGCUGCGGUUAUAGUCACUUGUACUAGUUCCCUUCCCUCCAGUCAAACUGCUGAACAUCCUGGAGAAAAACAUACCACCUGGCUGAUGAGUUUCACUUCAGUGACCGCACACCUCAAAGGGAUUCCCAGUGUUUCUCAGAUGUCCUCGUUGGAUCACGCUGGUCCAUUCGCUGCUUCCUCGUUGCUCUUCUUACACCCAUAACGCUGUGUCCUCAUUCUUAGCUUCUCAUUGUGCUUCCUAUAUCACUGAAAAAAAGCACUGAGGAGACCCCUUUUCCCACUCCCCGCCCUCCCACACCUCCCACCCAGCUGCGUCAGCACCCAUGUGCCUUGCCUCCCCUCCUGUUACUGUGGGUGAACUCGUCUCACUCCUCCUAAAACCAAUCUCUCCACUUGUCUUAGUCUGCUUGGGCUGCCAUAACAAAAUACCGUAGACUGGGUGACUUAAAAAACAGAAAUGUAUUUGUCCUAGUUCUAGAGGCUAAGCCCCAGAUCAGAUGCCGGCCAGUGUGGUUCCUGGUAAGGUCUCUUCCUGUCUGGCUAUGUCCCCACAUGGCAGGGAGAAGAGCUCUGGUAUCUGUUCCUUGAAGAAGGGCACCAGUUCUGUUGGAUUGCAGGCCUCCCCUUAUGACGUCAUUUAACCUGUAUCCCCUCCUCCCAGUCCUUACCUCCAAAUAUAGUCACAGCAGGAGUUAGGGUUUCAACGUGACUUUCAGGGGAUGGAUCAUUCACACUGCUUCUGCAUUGGAUCCCAUCUCUCCUCAUCUACAUAAGGACAUCACUCUUGUCUUUGCCCACCCCUCUCUCCCAUCAUCAGCUCUUACCUUUCUAUGACAUCAUACAUACUGUCAUUUCUCAUAUCUUUAAGAAAAAACAAAAUACUCUUGACUACACUUUCCCAUCCAGCUCUUGUCUCACUUUUCUGCUCUCUUUAUGAAAAGUUCCUCAAAGGAAUGAUCUGUACUUUCUUUUUCUGACUCUUCUCUCCCCAUUCUUCCUUGAACACAGGUCAGUCAGGCUUUCACUCUCACUACUUGCCAAGUUUACCAAGAUCUUGCCGAGAUCAAGCUUGCCAGGCCCUCUUGUGAGAUUGGAUGGUCAGUUCACAGACCUCUUCUUAUUUUGCCUGGAAGCAUAAUCUGAAGCAGUGGAGGGCCCCUUACCAUAGUUUAGUGCUUUCUAGGUGCUAGGUUGGUCUUCCCUGGUGACUCAGUGCUAAAGAAUCUGCCUGCAGUACAGGAGAUAUGGAGAUGCAGGUUCAAUCUCUGGGUCGGGAAGAUCCCCUGGAGGAGGGCAUGGCAACCCACUUCAGUAUUCUUGCCUGGAGAAUCUCAUGGACAGAGGAGCCUGGUGAGCUGCAGUUCCUGAGGUUGCAAAGAGUCAAACAUGACUGUGUAACUUUGCACACACACAUACACACACAAGUACUAGGUUUGGCAGGGUAUUCAAGAUGAAGGAAGCUCAUAGUGUGGCAGAGCAGGCAGACCUGUGAUCACUUGUGGGAUAUACACCACGUCUUAAAAUGGAAGUGUAUGCAAAGGAAGAAGGAGGUAACCAUAAGACCCAGCAAUCCCACCCAUUGGAAUAUACCCAAGAGAAAUGCGUCCAGACAAAAACUUGCACACGGAUGUUCAUAGGUCAUUAUUCACAGCAGCCAAACGAUGGAAAUACUCCAAAUACACAUACAUGGAUGAAUAGACCAAUGAAAUGUGGUCUAUCCGUACAAUGGAAUAAUACUCAAAGGUCUUUAGUAAUGCAAAUGUUUGAUGAUACAUGGUAAAGAAAAAUCAUUCUUACUCUAAGUGGUUGGUGGGUGGGGAGGGAAUACUGACUGUGAAGGGGUAUGAGGGCUUUAGGGGAGUUAACGUUGU